AUGGCUGGAGUCGAAGUCACGGUGGAUGAUCCCCCAACUUUAUCGCCUCAUCCUUCACCAUUCUCGACCACUCACAACGCUUCUUCGAUUUUCUCUCCGUUGGCACUCUCCGCCACCACCGUUGCCCCAACUUCACAACCUGUCUCAUUUUUAUCUCCUCAUGUACCACCGACCACUCCUGCACCGCCCAGCCCAACACAUCUACCCUUUACCUAUGUUCCUCCCCAUCUGCCGUCCAAAGCUAUCCCACUUCACUCUUUUUUGCACCCGCACACUCCGACGCCACCCACACGGAUAGAUCCCACCUUUUCACCCUGCAUAUCCCCUCCCCUGUUUACCGGACUCAAAUCACCACCUCUGUUACCACUGAUAGUUCCUCAAUCAUCACCGUCGCUACCGCCAAUACCACCUCCACCCGCCGAGCUACCCCCAGAUGUACCGCCUUCAUGUGCAAUACCACCAACAGCGCCAAUAACUCCUCUGGUGAGUCCUCUGCCAAUUCUUGGCAGCCGAUUUUGGUUGCUCGCCGGCUCUAAGGGCAAGAUUCUAGCCGUUGCUUUUGGAUCCAUAUCUGCUGCUAUUGCGGAUGUUCUAACUGUGGGCGUCGUCUCUAGCUUUUACCCUCUCAUGGGUGUUUUCGUCAGUCAAGAAGUUCAGCUAUGCGGUUUUCAGCUGGGACUUUUGUCGAGCACUUGGUGGGCAUAG